AAUAACGACGAGAGUGAGCGCGAGCGAGCGAAAUAAAAAAAGAGCUCUAAAAACAAGAGGCGAGAAGAAGAAGAAGAAGAAGAAGAACAACAACAACAACAACAACAACAAGAACAAGAAAAAGAAAAAGAAGAAGAAAAAGAAAUUCAGGAAAAAGCGAGUAUACACAUUGAUAUACACACAGACACACAAAGGCGAUAUACACACACAAAAUAGCACACGUAUACACGAAGAUACCACCGGAAAUAUUACUGGAAAUAUCAGCGAGGCACACCUAGGAAAGGAAACGGAAGAUCACGAGGAGGCAGAGGGAGGGAAAAUUCGGCCCCCUCAGAUGUCACGCGCGAGGAUAAACGGUGCACGGUCGGAGAACAGCCAAUAAUCCCGAUAACGAGCGUCGAGUCACGAUCUGUGAAAAUACCAAGAUCCGCGAAAGAUCCGGCCAAGGAUCGGGAGAGAGGAAGGAAAAGAAAGAAGAAAAAGAAUUGGAAGAUCUCGCGCGUGACCAGAUCAUCGUCAUCAUCGUCGUCGUCGUCGUCGUCGUCGUCGUUCGCAACGUUCCUUCUUGCCGCCCCCCUCCCCCUCCCUCCCUCCCACCCUCCCUCCCCCCUCUUUAUCCCGACCGACAACGCACACCCGACACCCGAUAGAAGCGGAAUAAUAACGCGGCCUCCUGCCCGCCAGGGGGUUCACGUGGUCGAGAUGACGUGGCGGGGAAGAUGAGCGCCGAGGUAACGAAGGAGGUGGUCGCCACCGAGAGGGUAACGGGAAGCCCUCCGGCGGCGGUCGCGACCUCGCCGAGCUCGGUCGGCCCAGGUGAUCCGGCGCGUCACCUGCCGCCGUUCAGCAGCUUCGCCGGGGACAACGCGAUGGACAGCUCGACAACAUUGACUACCCUUCACUCGCAGGACGUUGGGCUCGGGCUCACGUCCUCGUGGGACUACUACGAGGGACUGACGGGCCGGUUGAUCGAUUCACGGGGGGAGGUGGUGCUCGCGAGCCAGUACAGGCCGUGGGAGUCGAAGAACGCGGUCGGGGGCGGGGGUGGCCCCGCGGCCGCCCCGGGCGAGGGCCUGCCGAGCUUCGCGAGCCAGUUCACGGCGCCUAGCGAGGCAGAGCCCCAAUUGACCGCGCUCACUCCAUUGUCGCCAGCCUCGAUAUCGCACUCUCCACCUGUCACGUCGGCGGUCGGACUGCCAAGCUUCCACACGCUCGGCACGCCGCUGCCCGCGCCCCAUCCUCACAGGGGCAGCGUCGGUUAUCCGUUGGUCCCUGCCCCCGUCCAGGCCAGGGAGGUGCCCGCCCUUCAGCAGCAACUGCUCGACGAGAGGCAUAUCCAGUUGCUCGGCUCGAGCCCGGUCCAGGCUUUCCCGCCCCCGCCGCCCGGCCAUCCCCAUCACACCGUGUUGACCGUGGUGAAGCCCGAGUAUCCCCAGUUGCAUCACGCCAACUUCCAGAACCCGAUGUCCACGGUGCUCGACUCGUCGCCGACGUCCAGGCCGGUCGGGAUCGAUGGGAGGAAGAAGGAGCGGAGAAAAAUAAGGGCGGGCUCGAUGGAGUCCGAGGACAGCGCCGGGGCCGGGAACGUGGAGAGUUCCGGCCAGGUAGCCGCGGUCUCGUCCACCGCGAACAGGGGGCCCCAUCACCUCGGCGGUGGGAUGGCCGACGCUGACGGGGACGGUGGGCUGAGCGAUAAGCCGGCGAAGAAGAAGCGCAAGAGGUGCGGCGAGUGCAUCGGGUGCCAGCGCAAGGACAACUGCGGGGAUUGCGCCCCCUGCCGGAACGACAAGAGCCAUCAGAUCUGCAAGAUGAGGCGGUGCGAGAAGCUCACCGAGAAGAAGCAUCUGUACCAUCUGCAAACGGGCGAGGGUGCGUUCAGAGAAAGGGGGAGAGGUCGAGGCAAAGGUGCAACCAGGAGUUAUCGAAAGAUCGCCCGACAAGUAAGUACGCCGGAUAGCGCGCCAGCAGGCUUAGGCAGCCCACAGACUGGAAUAGGCGGGCUCCAACAGCAUCAGCAACAACCGCAACAGCAAUCGCAACAAACGCUUCAUCAGCCGGAUCCCAUGCAGCAAUCCAAGGACAAUUUGAAUCCGGCGGCGAACCAGCAAACCGGGGCACUUAGGAACGGAAAUCCUCCGCCUCCUGUCGUUUCUAUAUCACCCGGAGUGAUGCCAUUCUACGGUGAUUCUGGCGCCGGCUUCCGACCAGCAGCUGGCUUUGGGAAUACUGUUUGGCACCAGGGAGUUGCUCCCGUGGGGGCAGUUGCGGUUGAAACGUCAGCAGCUCCAUGGCCACCUCAGCAGUUCAUUCAACAAAUUCCGGCUCCGAAUCAGCUCGAAGAGCUGAGGUAUCAUACCCAAUAUUCCGCCGCCGCGCCAUACCAUCCACAACCAGUCGCAUAUCAACAACAGACUUUCAUUACUACGGAUCAGUCGGCAUUUCAACGUGCCGGGGCGACGGGACAAUACACAAUCACGGGGCAACCCUCGCCCUUACCACCAGUCGCCCCGCAAACCGUACCAUCGACAACUCAGAGGCCACUAAACGGUCAAUUCAUGGAUCCUGCUGCUACUGCAACCCAAUCAGUUGGUUAUGAAAGGCAGGAUUACGUCAAUGGUUACCAACAACAGGACGUGACGAUGGCACCGCCGCCUUCAACCACUCCCACGAGUCGUAGCAGUUCCGUACACAUGGACAACCAGCAACAACAGCAGGCCUCCCAGCAACCACAGUCGCAACCGCAACAACCGCCGACAGAUACGCAGGUGAAGGGAUUCGCGACGAUCACGGCCAGUAACGUGUCGGGAAACGAGAUGCCUGGGUAUCCACUUCAACCGGGCCCACAGAGUUUACACAACUCUAACGGAUAUCCAGGCUACGUGGAAAUGGGUCAGCAACAAGUACAAAACCAGUGGCAGCCGCAACAAGUUGCCCAGCAACAACAUCAGCAACAGCACUUGCAACGGCAGCAUUCGGUACCUGACGGCCAACGUCAUUUAUGGUCCGACACCAGUACGAAGAUGAACAGCAAUAUGAACUGGUCGGAUGGAACGUUGCAACAGCAUCAGCAACAACAGAAACCCCCUUCGCAGCAGCAGCAACAGCAGCAACAACAACAACAACAACAACAACCGAGUAUGCAGGCUAACAGCAUGAAGGGGCAAGAGUCACAGCAAAGUAUGCAGAUGCAGGGACAGCAAGAGCUACCUCGGCCAGCCAGUCAUAUGAGCUGGGAAAAUGGUAGCGUGAAAGAAACCCCGCAUACUCCACAAUCGUGGACAGACAAUACGGACAAUAGUCAGCAGCAACAAACUCAGGGAAAUUGGUCGCGACAGAGUCCAAAGCUGAGGGACGCGCAGAAUCCAAGAUUGACACCAUCUAGUCAACAACAACAGCACCAGCACCAAGGCUGGCUACAGCAUUCGCCCAAGUUGUCGGACCAUCAGCAGAAUCCGUCUCACCAAAACGCCCGGAUGACGCCCUCCGGUCAACACAAUUGGCAGCAAAGCAGCCCAGAGAUGCAACAAAACUCGAGCCAACAGAAUCCAAGGCUGACACCGUCUGGCCAGCAAAUGUCGCAGCCCGCAGUGCAGUCCCAACAGCAGCAACAGCAGCAGCAGCAGCAACAACAGCAACAACAGUGGUCGCAACAGACGAAGCUCGAGAAGAAUCCCAGACUUACUCCGUCUAAUCAGAUGUCCUGGCCAGACACGCCAACUAGUCAACCGAAUUGGUCCCCGAAUAGUAUAAAGAGCGAUAGUAGUCAGCAACCCCAACAACAAUGGCCAGAUUCACAGCCUAGUCCGAGGAGAACGCCUGGCCAUCAACCGGGCUCGUGGCAACCUCAACCACCGACGCAAGAGAGCAAAAUGGAGAAUCAGAUAUCCUGGUCGCCGAACUCGGUGAUCGAGAAUCAACCUACUUGGGGCCAACAAACCACGAAACAGGAUAUGCAGAAUUCCGGAGAAAGAGUGCUUUGGCAGCAACAAGCGACGGACACCGGGAAACCGAACGGGUUCUCGGAUAAUCAAGAUGCUCAGGAGAGUAACGUAUUUGCUCAAUCGAAUCGCGUGAAUUUGAAUAGCCGACUGAAAUCCAUGAUCCUGAACAAGCAACAACAGCAGCAGCAACAGCAACAGCAACAGCAGCAACAGUUGCAGCAUCAGCAUCAACAGCUUCAACAGCAGCAGCAAUCGCAACAGCAGUCUCAACAUCAAAUAGGCCAUCAAGAACAACAGCAACACCACGGCAUGCAUCAUCAAAUGCAGUCUCAGCACGUGAACAGCAAUAGUGGGUCUAACGGCGAGUAUCACACGGAAGAUCGGAUACGAGACACGCAUAGUGAUAGUACGGACAAACUGCAAGAGAAACAGACGGAUCAGUAUUUGAAUCAGUCGAACAUGAUCUCAAUGGCGCAAUCCAACGAAUCUCUGACCGGUAAUUUUUUAUUGCAUAGCCACCACCCUCGGGUCGAUAGUUUGCCCGACGGUGGUGGCUUAUGGGAAUGGUCAGGGGGAGGUAACAACGCGUUGAGCAACGGUACCGUGUUACCGGACAACGGGAUGACGGUUAUAGAGAGUUUUAUGAAAUUUGGUUCAGAAGACAAAACCGUGCUGGAGAAACAUCAGCAACACGAGCAGCAGCAGCAGCAGCAUCAACAACAGCAACAACAACAACAAUCAUCACUCUAUCAUCAACAAUCGCAACAGGAACACGAGCAUCGACAAUUAUGGAAGGAAGAAAAUAGGAGCCACGACAAUCAGUGCACCGAUGAUAAAUCAUUUCAGAGAAGAUUAUGCAUAGAUCAGCAGAUUCACGAAAGAACGUUCGAACCGUGUAGCAACAGCGCGAACAUCGAGAAGAACGAGACGGAGAACGAUGUUACUUUUCCAGAAACGCCUCGAGUCGCAUUGAUGAACGAGAACGAUACCAUUAAUUAUCCAGAGAGUAGCGAAAAAGUAGCGUCUACCGAGCUGGAGAACAAUACCAAUUGCGACUCCUCUCAGAGUAUUAAGCAAGAGAACGUCGGGGAGUACGGGUGCUCCAGUUCUGACUGCGUCCCAUCCUCAACAGCUACGUCGAGGAACGAUGAUUGCCCUUCGAAGACGAUCAAAAGCGAGCCGGAUCAAAAAUCGCAGGAAGGCAAUAAUUACAAGUUUCGAGGGGAUGGCGGGCCCGCCAAAGUGUCGCCGGGUGUUGGUUCAUGGUGUUGUCGAAGAGGCGGUACCGAGCAACCGACCCCCGAACACUUGCGGGAGGGUUGUUGCCAGGGCUUGCAAACAAGGGACGAGAUAUUGGCCGACGCGGCAGACAAGUCCGACGUAAAGAACGAAGGUCCACAGAGCCCCCGUAACGGUGGUGCUCCAUCGACAACAAAAUUGCAAGAUCAUUUGGAGAAACUGAAGAACAAUGUGAGGAGCGAAGUGCCGGACUGCAACUGCUUUCCAGCCGACAAAUGUCCGCCAGAGCCCGGUUCGUACUACACUCAUCUCGGGGCGGCUGCAAGCCUGCCUGACCUACGGAACGAUCUUGAAAGAAGAACCGGCCUUAAGGGAAACGCCAUUAGAUUCGAAAAGGUCAUCUACACCGGAAAGGAGGGCAAAACUACUCAGGGAUGUCCGAUGGCUAAGUGGAUACUUCGACGAUCUGGUCUGGAAGAGAAGAUCCUGACCAUAGUGAAACACCGGCAAGGACACAAAUGUCCAACAGCCUGGAUCGUCGUUGCCAUGGUCGCUUGGGAAGGUGUGCCCACGCACGAGGCCGAUCGGAUAUAUUCCUUAUUGAGUCACAAGCUGAAUCGAUUUGGUCUUCCCACGACCAGACGAUGUGGAACGAACGAGCCGAGAACCUGCGCCUGCCAGGGUCUCGAUCCCGAAACUUGCGGUGCAAGCUUUUCCUUUGGAUGUUCCUGGUCCAUGUAUUAUAAUGGUUGCAAAUACGCCAGAAGCAAAACCGUCCGAAAAUUUCGAUUGUCAGUAAGAUCAGAGGAGCAAGAAGUAGAAGAAAGAAUGCACGUCCUAGCAACACUUUUAUCACCCUUGUACCUAAGCCUUGCACCAGAAGCGUUCAACAAUCAAACACAAUUCGAGCGGGAAGCGAGCGAAUGUCGUUUAGGAUUUAAGCCCGGCCGACCAUUUUCCGGUGUUACAGCGUGUAUAGAUUUUUGUGCGCAUUCUCAUCGCGAUCUUCACAACAUGAACAACGGAUGCACCGUGGUAGUCACCAUGACAAAACAUCGAACCUUGUCGAAACCUGAAGACGAACAAUUACACGUACUUCCUCUUUAUAUCAUGGAUACUACGGAUGAGUAUGGGUCAAAGGAGGGACAGGAUGAGAAGGUUCGCGCCGGAGCUGUAGAAGUUUUGACAAAAUAUCCCUGCGAAGUGAGAGUUCGAUCGGUUCCAUUGCAACCCUGUCGAAGGCACGGUAAGAAAAGGAAGGAAGACGAACCGGAUACUAUUAGCAGCAAGAAGGACAGUUCCAAAAAUGUUAAUGAAAAGAUAACAGAGUCAGGACGCCAAAUACCAGGACACCAAGAGUUAAUCAGACCGCAAAUGAGGGACACCCAACUGUCCUUGGAAAUGGCGUCCAUGUUCGAAGGAAUGGACGCCCAAUUACAAAGCUCCCAAGUGUCCUCCACCGUUUUAGAUAGCCCAGUGUCCAUGUAUCCUCAAGGAUGGGGUUAUCAAAACGAACAGCAAUGGAGUAGAAACGGUUGGCUCGAUCAGCGAAAAAAUAAUUGGUUGAAUCCGUGGAGAGAGUAUUCGUUUGGUGGUCUCGACAGGGAUGCAAAAGUUGAUCCAGAUAGCACGAGCUUGGACGACAUCAGGCCUAGAAGUACCGUUUCUCAAGAUGAGCAUCGACCAGGAUCGCGAAAUUUGCCCAAUUCCACAAUGGACUCGCCAAGAAAUUAUUAUUCACACUCACCAAGAGCUCAUCCAAUUUCACCAAGGAGCACUCAUACGGGAACACCAGGAGAUAUCGGUUAUUCGAUGUCUCCUAGAGGAUGUCCACCUACCCUUCAGGAUCAGAAAAACGCCUCGCCAAGAAGUUCUGGGUAUCCAGACACAGGUUACAGUCAUCCGCUUCCCACUUCCAGAAGUUAUCCGAAUAUGUACGACAGCAGACAGAGUAGCGCAUCUCCAAAAACAAAUUGUAUAAAUUUUCCAACUCAUUUAGACCAAAGGAGCGCACUCAAUCGAAGUAAUCAUCAUCAAUUGCACAAUAUAAAUAAUGUACGAAACGUUGGAGGAAGCUGCGAUCAAUCGAAAUUAUCAUAUUCCAAACCUGCACAGGAUUCUAGUCAACAAAAGUACCCCACUACGCAGAACUACUUAGAGGUUCAGAAAUCACAAAUCGAGCAACCGUUCAUGAACAGAAUACAAGGCCAUUAUCAUCCCUCUCACCAUGUACAAUCGAGUAGAAAUCUUCCGUACCAGGGACACCAUGAGACAAAUAUGGACAUGUUUUCCGGCUUAUCGGUAUCCUCUUGCAUGAGCAAUACUAGUCAUAAGGAAUUCGGUACGACGAAUUCGGAUUUGUUACUACACACCUCGUCUCAUCUUCCUUCGAGUAAUCCACCAAACGGUACUCAAAAUUUAAGUUCGAUAGAUCAAAGAAAAUAUCGUAUGUAUAAGAAUCACGAACAGAAGACACCAGGGAUAAAUCAGAUGUCACCAGCACCUUCCGAUCAAGUGGGUGGUUGGAACAUGCUUGGUUCCUGGUAUCCUGAUCAAAACAAACCCUACGAUCAACAACAAGUCUACAACGAUCAAAUCAAUUCCGAAAGGAAUCACCAACAAUCCAUAGAUCAUCAAAAAACAUUCAAUUGGAACGACAGAGUACCACAUCCGGAUCAAUCGAAACCACCUUGUUGGGAAACACCCUCUGAUCCCUCUCCAUUUAGAGUGCCAAAGGGUAGGCCACCAUCAAGGACAGCCGCAGGCCAGAAUCCAAACACGGACAGUACAUAUCAAAAUUCUUCCAAUAGAACGUUUCUCAAGCCUCAGGAGCCGAUACGAAACGGUGUCUACGCGGACAGUCCGAGCAACAAUGCAAUACAAAAUAACGGAACGAUGCAUCAGAAUAACCAGAUACGAAGGUCAGAGUGGACGGAGGACAAGACAAGAGAGAAUUUCCACGAUCCUAGGCAAAACAUGGCGAAUCCAAACUCGAAUUGCUUCCCAUGGGCCGAGGAGAUGAAGCAGGUUCAAGACUUCCACGGAAUGCCAGGCUUGGGACAUCCUCACGCUUCCUUUCCCCAAUAUGGACUAUAUCCAACGUAUCCUGUCUUCGACAAACCUUAUUCCAACUCUUGGGAGGGCUACAAUUACCAUCAACCUUAUCCCCAUCCCCAAACAUCAGAAUAUCCACCUCAAUUGUAUCAACAGCCAAAGAGAGAAACCUGCUUCCCUUCGCCCCAAUAUCCCUAUCAAGGGGUGCCUCCGUAUCAAAGUCUGAAUCCUGGCUGGGCAAGGUGGGACACUCCUCGAUGGGAUAUUUACGGACCACCAUCUUAUUUCCCGGUGUUACCAGAACCUCCGCCAAAGGCGGAACCACUCGGAGAAGUGGCCGAUUAUUCCGACAACGAAGAGUGCUUCAAGGAUUCGCAGAUGGGUGGAGUUGCCAUCGCGUUGAGCCAUGGUAGCGUGUUGUUCGAAUGCGCGAAACACGAAAUGCACGCCACCACAGCUCUCAAAAAGCCUAAUCGUCUCAAUCCAACCAGAAUCAGUCUGGUCUUCUAUCAACAUCGUAAUCUGAAUCGGGCGAGACACGGUUGGGACGAAUGGGAAGAGAAAAUGCGACUUCGCAAGUUGGGCGUUACCACCACCAAUACCGCUACCACCACGAAUUCAUCGACUAAUUCGCAACCACUGUCCACCCCAUCGACUCCAACCAGUCCAGCAAGCGCGACGAUCAGCGAGAAAUCCACUCCGCUCCCGUACAUACCUAGUGUUCCUAGCUCUCAGUUCAUGAUGAGAUCGCCCACUUAUACGACAAUGACUUGGACCACACUUUUUCCCAUGCAUCCAUGCAUGAUAACUGGCCCAUAUCAGGAGGGAGGUGCCAUUGGAUGAGUGAUCGUCAGUAGGUACGGUUCCAGCCAUCGAUGACCAAGAACCGUGCCAAGAAUCGAUCGAGCAAUCUCGUCGGGCUGAUCGAGUGAAACAAUGGGAUUCAGAUGGCGCGCGCAUCGCUUAGCCUAGCGACACCGUUUGCGUGACGUGUCGUGCAACGUCAACGUGAAGAAGCUGAAUCGAAUCACGGGAACAAGGAAAACAUACAAGCAACAGGUAGUUAACAUUUUAUAAAGGGAACAAAUAAGGAAAAUGACAAACCGUUAUUACGAGGAAAUUUCUAUCGUAAUUAUUAUAUCGUCAUUGUCCUAAAUAUGUUAUACUUGUUACUGAAAAAAAAAAAAAAAAAAAAACAAGAAGAAAAAGAAUAAGAAGAAAACAACACGUUUGCACUGCCAUUUUUCUAUUUCACGUUUUUUCGGAGAAUAUAAUAAACGUAUUAGACGGGAGGGAAGGAGGAGCAAGAGAAAGAAUAACAUAAUAAACGAUGAAGGGUUCGCAACACAGACGUUUCAUCACAGGAUUCAAUUCUAAUCGGGGCUUCCCUUUUUAUAUCGAUCUUUUAUGCGAAUCAUGAUAGAAUCGUUGUGAGCGAACACAAAAAGAGCGUAAGAUCGGCAGAUAUGGCGCUGUAUAGUACCGAUUGUUCAAAGUUAAAGAUGAAAAAAGAGUUACGAGAAGCGACUAAUUGAAAGAGAUGUGUCAUGCGUUUAGAGAAACACUGAUCGCAAUCGAGGUAAUUGGAUUAAGAAUACAGCACACGUAAAACCGAUAGCGAUCGAUCAUGUUCGUUUAAUAGCCGAGAAACAAAACAAACUUUGAUACGUUAUACGAUUUAGGAUGGAAUGAAUGGAGAGUAAAAGUAUGAAAAAAAAAGACAAAAGGAGAAAAAACAAAUAUAAACAAAUAAUAAAAGAUUAAGAAAGAAUGAAAUGAAACGUAUUGUACAUUUUUUUUUUUUUUUUUUUUUAACUAACUCGUAUUUUAGUAGACAAUUGUAAUCAUAUUUAACUAGUCCAUACCUAAGCAUGAUAAAUGAUUUUUUUUUAACACAUGGCAUAUGCAAAAUGGCAAACAUGUAUGAUAACAAUACGUGCGUGCCUAUUACGAUCCUUUUUUUUUUUUAUACAAAACUAGAUCACUUUCGCAUCGAACAAUCUAUCUGUCGUUUAUUUUUCUGCACGUUCUCCUUUUGUACCACACUUUUGUAUCCCGUUGUUGUUGUUGUUGUUGUUGUAUCAUCAUCGUCAUAUAUAUACACAUGCUCAUACAUCACGGACACAUACAUCACGCUGGAACAAAAUCGAUUAAUCGGCGCCAUCGUAGGAUUUUAUUCAAUCAUCCAAUCUAUCCAAAACAUCGAACGAUGAUAUAGAUAUACAUAUAAUUUCAAAUCGAUCCUUUGUAAAAUCAUUUGCACAAUAUCAUGCUCCAAAUAGGAAAGUGGAGCUCGCACUUAGACACAUUACACAUAUACACCAGUAUAAUAACAUAUACAGACAUGAAAAAUGAUCUCAAGUUUUUAAGCUAAUUAAUUAAACGGUAAAUAUCAAUGUUUAAUCCUUUUCUUUUAUCUUCUCUCUCUCUCUCUCUCUCUCUCUCUCUCUCUCUCUCUCUCUCUCUCUCUCUCUCGCACUUAUUUUUUCCUCUUUCUCUCAUAAUAGAUACACUAUUAUCUAUAGUUUUUUUUCGUUCUCUUCGCCUAUCUGUACAUUGUGCUUGUUAAUCAUCGUAUUUAUUUCGUAAUUCACUUGCACGUGCUUGCAUCCAUAGCUUUAUCCUUUAAUCACGUAUCACCACGUUAAAAAGAUUCGAGUAACAACGAUCCAACGGAGAGGCACACACACACACAAACACACACACACACACACACGAUAUGGAUUGCUAUAUAAUAUUAUUUAAUAUGAAUUCUCGGAUCGGUAUCAGUACAAACAUACACAAAUAUAUACAUCAUAUACAUGAGAGCUCGUGAAAUAAUUUUUUUAAUUAGAAUAUCGAACUGUCAACGGGAAGGAAACGCGUCAAUCGUCGUGGUGCCGUCUUCUUCGGUUAGCUACGUUCUUCCAACUAUUUCUCUUUUUUUUUUUAUUAUUAUUAUUAUUAUUAAUAUUCAUUUUUCUAAGGCCUUUAGAGUCUAUGAUCGCAAUUUUCAAUCCAUUAUUAAAUCAUCUUGGAUCCCAAGGAUCCUAGAUAUACGAGCCUCUCGAGAGAUGAUUUUCUCGAGCGAGAAAAAGACACGCUCACAAAGAUUCAAAAAGUUUCGCGGUAGUUCGCAGUAGCCGAUAAGGUUCGAUAUUGUAAUAAGUGCCAGUGUUCGAGGGCGAGUCAGAGAGCCAAAAAAAGAUAAAAAAGAAGAAAAAAAAGGAAAAAAAAAAAGUAAUCCGUAUUAAUUACACAUGUCGUGCGAAUUAAUCCUACUUUUUCACACAUAGAUACAUAUAUAACUACCUCGAAACGUUAAUCGCCACUUCCCACUAUUUUUCUUUCGAUCGUGUUGUUUUUUAUCUCUUUUAUCGACCGUUCAUAGUUCAAUCGAUAAAUUGAUAUGAAAAUCAGAGAUAGAAUCAUAGAGUCGGGUUAAUGGACGAGCGAAAGAAGGAGGCAGAGGUGUGAAAGAGAAAGUGUCUUUCUAAUUGAAAGAAUUAAAAGAAACAGCGAAGUCAAGUGGGAUUAUUUUAAUCGAUGAUAAGAAUGACGAUGAUCAUGAUCACGUGUUAAUUCGUUUAAUUGUUUCAUGGAAUAAACGGUUCCUUGCUUUUCGAAGUUUCGAUGCACGAACAUACUAGCCAGGGAGAAAAGGAGCACCGGAGAGACCGGAAGCACGGUCCUCGCGAUUCAUAUGUACGCGUUGGAAUUUAAGAAUCGAAAAGUGGAUCAAGGAAGGGGAGGAAAUGGUGGUUGUUCGAGGUCGAUGGAUCGUAAUGAUAAUCGACAGAAGGGUGAUUACUAUAGAAGGAGGUAAAAGGGAGGUAAAAAGACGCGUCCAACCCUCACCCAUCGGAGUAUUAUAAGAAUCAUUAAUAUAUUAUCAUUCAUUAUUAUCAUAAUGUAGUAGUAAUAAUAAUUAUUAGCGGCAAACAGUAAUAAUUAGUAAUAUAAUCUAAUUUAAUCGAUUAUUUAUUAAU